AUGGACCGCACGACGGGUCCCAACCAUCCACCACCCCCUGAAAAACCAAAAUUCCUUUGCAUCCCUGCUCGCCCAUUCACAUGUUUCAUCACAAUAUUCGGAAUUCUCAAAAGUGCAUCGUCGUUCUAUCAGAAUCCCAACGCAGGAACUGGAGCAUUCGCAUUCAUUCUUCUAACCAUAGAUCUUCUUAUCCUGGUUGGACUCUCACAAAACACUGAAAAAUGUUAUUUAUGGACACUGAAAGUGACAUUCAUCGGUCUCGGAUUUAUAACUCUUCAAUUUCUGAUUUAUCCAGUUAUUGUUGCGUCUUCUGCGGCUUCUGGGUCGAUUCCGAAUGCGUAUGCAGAAUCGGCAUUUCAAAUUGUAAAUCGGACAUUUGGUGGAAAUGAUGAAAUGUUUUUGAGAGGAGUCAUGGCUGGUUAUGUUAUGGAGCUCGCUUUCAUUUUUAUGAUUGCAUUGCAAUUUGUGAAAGCCUUCCUGAUCACUCGUCUGUGGGAUUAUGAAAAGACUCUUGAAGAAAUGCGAUAA